GGCUCGCGGAGGGGCGGGAAACGUCUCUUGCUGCUGCAAGCACCAAGGCAAGGCGAGAGCCUGCUGCCUCUGAUGACCUCUCAUGAUGAAUAGGGAGUGAGCACAAUGUUCCUGGAGCUGGGUGACAGUGACAGUGAAGAACUGCCAUCUUUCCCAUUCCUAAGCCAACAGCCGUCUACCAUCAAAACUGCCAACCAGCCUCCUGCCGAUGAGGAGGUGGUUGUACUCUCUAGCUCAGACUCUGAGGAUUCACCUGAUCUUCCUCCCACAUUGAAAAGGCCCUGUGGUCCCCAAGAGCUCACCUUGGCUGCCACUCAUCAGGACGUAAUGGCAGAGAUCAGCAGCGAGAGCGAAGAGGAGGUGGAGAUCAUCCCCUUGGCUGAAAGGCUCAAGAGGAAGCUGUUGGCCACUAAACUAUCUACAGCGGGAGGUUCAUUUACUAGGAUCCUAGAACGGAGCACCGGAGACUCAGCUGGAGGCAACAGGCUGUGUCCCAGCAAUGAGGAAGGGGAGAAUCCACUUCCAAGGAGGGCAGAAACCCAGAAGAGAGCUGCUGGUACUUGGGAGGUAUCAGACAGCGAUCCAGAACCAGCUUUACGAGAACCUAAGAAACAGCCUUUGUUCCAGCUUCCAGGUUGUAGUUCCAGCUCGUCGAUGCAAAAUAUUGGCCAUGAGGUGACAGAAAUAAGCCUGUAACCCUCCUCCUGUCAGGCCAAUACAAUUUGUAGCCAGGAGGCACUUGACCAAGCCCACCAGGCUGCUUUGCAGAAGAGAAAGGAGCGAGCAGCUCAGAAGGCACUGCAGGAGCAGGAGCGGGAGAAGAAGAAGGCCUUGGCCGACCUCUGGAAAGCCCAGAGACCAGAACAGUGCCUGAAGCACAUUCAAGUUGUUGUAGAUCCAGGUCUGUUGCAGGUUGAAGGGGGCGGGCAGGUGCUGACCACUCUACAGGCCAUGGAGUGCACCUGCAUGAUUGAGAGCCAAAGCAUUCCCUGCAGUCUCACCUGGAGAAGAAAGACCAGGCUGGCUCAGGCUGAAGAAGAGAGUCUGACAGAAGAACCCAACCUUCUAGUCCUGGUGCCACUGGAAGAGUUUCUGACUAUGACUCAUAACUAUAAGCAGGUCUGCAUGGAAGGACCCACUCAGACUCUGCAGACCUUUGUAGCUAAUAUCAUACAGAAAACCCCUGGGAAGACUCUGGCAUUGGCUGUAGUAGAACUAGAAAAAUACUUCAGUUCUCACAAACUCAAGGGUCCAAAGAAAGUGAGACAAGCAGUGCAGAAUGGCAGUGAAACACAGGAGCUGAGCAAACAAAGGAACUGGAGAGGGAAAGCAAACUCCACGCUUGAUUUAUCCAGAGUCGAUGUAGAAGAAGCCUUGGUGGAUCUGCAACUUCACACAGGUGUCCAGGUUCAGAUGCUUGAGAGCUGGAAGGAGUUUGCUGAUUUUGCCAGUAUGUUUACCAAGGCUGUGGCUGAAGCACCAUUCAAAAGAGAACGCGACAAAACCAGCUUCUCCUUUUGCCUAGAGGGGGAUUGGAUUUCAGGGACCAAAGUAGACCGCUCUGGGAAGGGUCUGCUCCAAGUUUGGAGGAAGCAGAUUCAGCAGUUCAGCCGGGUCAGUUUAGAAGUGGCAAGUGCUAUUGUGGCCCAGUAUCCCUCUCCAAUGCUGCUGAUGAAGGCCUAUCAGCAGUGCUCUUCUGAACAAGAGCGAUACAACCUUCUGCGGGAGACACCUGUCCGCCGGGGUGAUGGUGUGACAGCCACGACAAGGCGAGUGGGACCAGACCUUUCAAAGCGGAUUUACCUGCAAAUGACUUCCCAUAAUCCUGACCUUUCCCUGGAUGUUACUGGAUGAUCUGAAAUUGGUCAAGCUAUUUUUUUUAAAAAAAUGAAACUACAUAAAUUAUGGGAAAUGCUUCUGAAAAAUGCAUUAUGGUUUAGAGAGCCUUACAAAGGACAAUUAUUCAUCCCUACCAGAUUCCUUUCUGCACAUUCAAAAAUGUUUCUCUUUGGCCAAGAAUUAUUUAACAAUUGUGUCCAUCCUUUAAAGAUGUUCUGGGAAGCAUUUUAAAAUGAAAAUUAUCUCCAAUUUCGGAACAUAAAUAACAGUAUACACUGAUUACCAAUCUAUCUACCUGCGGCUUACUAUAGUCAUAUAUGCUUAAAUAUAUGAAGAAUUCUCUUAUCAACAUAAAUCUGAUUAUGUCAACAUGGAAGCAGAGUAUUCUUUCCUCUCAAAGCUCAUAAAUCUUUAAGCGGUGUACUCUUUUGUGCUUAAGAAUAUAAAGCCACCUUCAAUGCACAAGAAUAAAAUAUAAUUGAGAGGUGUGAAAAUAAUUCAAGUCACAAGUAUUUUAUAAAUACUAUUUACUGGAGGAAAGAUAUUCAGAAUUACAGCUUAUAACAGGACUUCUCCACCAUCAAAUAGUGCCAGAAAGUUGUGGGAAGGGACAAGACAAUUUAUUUUACCAAGAUUAGAAAUUAAGACCCUUCUCCCAAUUAGCAUUUUUUGCACAAUCCCUCCUUCUCGUGCCUUACGGUACCUAAACCUGAGUAAAUGUAAUUACAUAAAACAUACUUCGUGAUUAGGUUUGCAUGGUAAACAAAAGCUUCAGUGCUAAGUCACUCCAGUAUUCUGUUAGAAGAACAUAUGCAGGAUAUACAUUUGUGGUCAAUAAAACAAGAAUAGCAGGUACAAACUGGGCAUCACAGUUGCGUCUUGGUAUGAGGGGAAAGGAAAACUGCCUGCUUAAUCUCGUGUAAAGCCAGACAAAAAUCCAAAGCCAGUAAUUUUUUAAAAUAUAUAAUGAUUUACUCUCUUUGAUGUGACAAUUCCCAAGAAAAAGCACUUUGGCGCAGGGACAGAACUGUAUCCGGAUUGUUUGUAAGCAUACAAAAUGUAAAAAUAUAUUUUACGUUUUUUUUAAUGACAUUAAUAAAACAAUGCAUUUAGUCCUAAA